GUUUAUGGUUGACACAUAUUGUGUGCAUCGUGCAUUGUUUAACUGACAAAAGUUAGGAGUUUUUAAAAUAAAAAAGAAAUUAUUGAGCAAGAAUCAAAUUAUGAGCGAGGAAAAUAAUGGAAGUAUACCAGAAACGUAUAGGUGUUGGAACUGCGAGUGGGUUAUCCCACCAUCAGAAUUUAAUAAUUUGCUGUUUCACACUUGCUUUAAAGAUAUCGACGAGGAGACUCAUUGCCUAGUUAUAGGAGAAGAUGGGCUCGUCAGUUUCACUCCAUUAUCAAAAGGAAAAAGAAAGAAAGAAAGAAAUCUUCAAUGCCACAAGUUGUCAGACCGUAGCGACAACAGUCGUGCAUCUAAGUUAUACCAUCUACCUACAAUGCAUAAACACUGCUAUUAUCCUGUCAAAUGUCAUCUAGUCUUCCAAGUUAAAGCAAAUGACAAUGAUUGUUAACUAUUUUUUAACAUAUGACAAUGGAUGAAAAUCCAUAAAUUUUAAUAUAACUUGGCAUUUAAAAAAAAACUAUGCCAUAUAAUAUAAGGUAAACAAAAAUAACCAAACCUACAUAUAACCAAAAAAACAUUAUAUUACUGUUCUCAUUAUUAUAUAUUUUUUAGACUUUUCUGAAGAAGGCUACAAAAUUAUAGCCGAAACGUUAAAUAUGUAUAAUGUAUAACUAUGUUGUGCAAUAAAUGACCAAA